UGUCACAUCGGUUAUAACGCACUCUCGCGAAUCAGAUCCGAAAACACCGCCCUUUUCAUUUCCUUUCAAUUGUUAUCAGAUAUCCCUGCCGACUACCCAGUCGGCUGCAUGCGAAAUUCCCUUUUUUGCGGCCUUGCCCCUUCGUGACUGCGGACAUGGCCAGUAACGACAAUGCCUCCUGGGGCGCCAACCCCGCUGGAGGUGACGAGUAUGGUAUACAGAUGAGACCCAUGGGGCUGAAGGUCCAUUAUACAUUCGACCGAGAAGGCCAAGAGCGCUGCCUCGCACGAUGGCCUCAGAUACUUCAUGUUCGGACGAUCCCGAUGGACGAGCAAAAUACGAUUGGUGUUGUCGAAUUGAAGACUUGUCUCCAAGCUGUUGUCGAUUGCAGCCCGGAGCUAGUUGGCCAUCCCGAGCAGGACUAUACGGUGUAUGCCGUCGAUUACUCUGAACCUGAUAUUCCCCUGGUCGGCCAGGGGAUGCUCUCCCGAGCCAUUGACGAGCCAGCUGGCUCUCCCGAUCAGGCCAAGGUUGUCAUCGGACGCGUCACGAAGAAUUUGCUGGCCAUUUUCGGCAAUGGUAUAAAGGAGACCCUCGAGGUCAAACUGAAGCUCACCGCCGUUCCCAGGAUUGCCCGAAGCAUUCCGGCGCCCCCUGCGAAUACUACCCCAGAGUCCACCUUGAUUCGGCGAGCGUCGGCAACGCCGGCUCCAUCAGAGAAUUCGGAGUGGAAUUCCUUUCGUCAAUCGACCUCGAGCCUCGGUCAGUCUGCGGGGACCAAUGUUGCCUCUUCUCAUCUCGUGCCCAUCGCUCCGGAGCCUGUCAAGCCCUUCAACUCAAACUAUGAGGCCCGAAGCGACGUGGCCGCAUCAAGCAGCCGGGGGCCGCAGCUGGCGCCUAGAAGCCGUCCUUCUUCUGUUGGCCCGGGUGCAGGCGAGCCACACCACUCGGCUCCACCUCCAGACCUGAGUGUUCCCGAGAAGCAACCUGUGGCUGCUGAGGAACAGGCUGUGGCGCCAGCUCCCAACCGAACGGGAAAACCCCAAUCCAGACCCGGUUCGCGAGCGUCCAACCGCGCCCCCUCAGGACGACCUAGGGGUCGGCCGCGUAAGCGGCCUCUCCCAGUCGAAGGCAGCACAUCUGGCUACGAAGACGGCACUGAUGCAGACGACGGACCGCCACGAAGCAGGAAGAGGGCAUCCACGACGAAAGUAGAACGCAGUAACACCGCUGUAUUUGGCUCGGCGCCCGACUCUCUUCGAGUCGCUGCGAGCACUUCAGGAUCUCUCCGAAACUUCCGUCCGAUCAGCAUCGCAGGGGACGCGCCUGUAGGCAAUCCCGGCUCAGAAAUCCCCAGAGCUCCUACGCCAAUUCCCGACUCGCGUUUUUCUGGCUUUCAUGCGCGUCCUAUAGCCCCGAGCAACCUGAAUCGCGAAUUAAACGGGGCUAUGGGGCCAGACGGCUCUUUUGCCUCGUCCUACUUGGAGCUUAGCCGAUCGGCAUCUUUCGGCCAAGAUACUCGAUCUCCUGCAGAUUCCGCCGCGCGGUCGCCUUCUCGGGCCUAUACUGACGAACCCAGUCCCGCUGAUAUCGGGUCGUCUCCCCCGGUCCCGCGAACUACAUUGUAUAGUAUCCAAUCUAGUCCGGCUCCUUCAAGCCCGAUCUUACCUCCGUUACCGAUACCGAUACCCCAACCCGAUUCUGGAUUCAUGAGCGGAGGAUUGGAAGAAGAGACUGCUAAUAAGGCGCCCGCUGAUGCGACGUCGCAGGCGAUUGCCGACCCGAAGUCGAAACCGAAGCCUCGUCGCAGUCGCGCAAAGAAGACAGUACCGGCCAAGGCUCAGCAAGAUCUGGUCAUACACACGGAAACGCCUGGUCCACCCGAGCUGCUUCCUCAGACUUCGUUGUACAACCCACCUCAUUUUAACCGAAAGAAUGGAGAGAACAACAAGGCUCCAGCAGUGUCUGGACCUCCAAGUCUGCCAGCGGCGGGUCAGAUGCAGUCAGGGGCUACAGAGCUAGGCCCUGUCGACAGCCAGUCCCCUGAGAAUUCAUUGUCGCAGGAGGAGGCAGGCGUCCAAGGCAACAUUACAACCGCGGAGACGGCAUUCACAGAGGAUCUCAUGAACAAUCUGCACCAGCAAAAUCCGGGCCCCCUUUAUCCCGGCAAUCCCUCCUUUACUACCCCGGCAGCGGAUGAUUCGCCGCGAUGUGACGAGGUGCAGCCAGUUGUGGAGCAGACGAGCACCCAGACGGAACCACCAUCACUCCCCAAGCUAGAUCAAGCCCCCCCGGCACAGCCAGAGCUGCCGACAAUACCAGCAAGUGACCCUGUUCUUCCGCAGCUAACUCUCCCGAUGCCUCUAUCCGAGCCACCAUACCCGCAAACCGAUGCUAUUGAAACCAUGGACGAGAAGUCAAACAAGAACUACGUCAAAAAGCAGACGAUUAAGCAGAAAUUGGACGAUGCCAUAAACAUGGGUCAAAUGCCAUCGUACUGCCGAAAUUGCGCUGCUCUUCAAACGCCCACGUGGCGAAAGAUAUGGAGGCAAGAGCACAAAGGUGUCCCGACAUAUCACGAAUACUCGGAGAAGCCUGGCCAUGUCACCGCGAUCAAGAUUCUCCAGCGAGACGAAGAAGGAACACCGAAGCUGUACGAAGUCCUCAAGAAAUCUCUGGGGCCGAACGAUAGCAAGAGCGAUUGGGAAGAGGUGUUGCUCUGUAACCCAUGCGGGAUUUGGUUUAGUAAAUUCAAGGACCAUAGGCCGGCGGAGAAGUGGGAAAAGGACGAGCAAAGGCUAUCCCAAACGCGCAAGAAGCGAGCCAACGGAGCUGGUCUACCCCGUUCCAAGAAAGCCCGAGCAAAGGGUGAUGCCCAGACCAACUUGACAUCAGAAGCUUGUUUGCCGACGGACCCUGCCGGACCGCCGGAUGGAUCACUGUCGCCGAAGGAGUCCAUAGCGAAGCCGACUAGCCAAGUACAGCAACUCGGCGUUGCCGUCGACGAGGACGCGGGCAAGGGAUGCGAGAAGACCGACUUGGGCGCUAAUUUCCAGGGCUUGACGCGCUCUCGGGGAUCUACCCACUCUAGAGGAAGUGGUACCCCCGGUAGUCCCAUCGCGAUCGAUGACGACCUAGACGGCAUUCGACGGCUCCUUUUCCCCUCUCCACGAAAGGCUGGCGAGCAGAGAAUUCUGGGAGAUGUGGCCGUCAAUAUCGUGCAGACAUCUCCCGGAUUUCAGAGCACCAAAGAAGGACAGCACGCGUGGGAUAAGGAAAAUGGAAGCUCGGCAGCUUUUGGACAAGACAUGAUAGAUGACGACGAGUCCGCUAGCAUAUUUGGCACUCCUAUCAGACCCUCUACGCCUCCCCCGAAGAUGGGCAGCGGUGGUCCUUUCAAGACCCCGACGCAUCCCACACCCAGCCAUCGACCCAUCACUAGAAGUGUGACGCGAUCCAUGCGCUCGGGCGGGCCAAUCACGUCCCCGAGCCAGCUUCUGAUAGAUCAGACUCCGACUAGAGCGACCGCGAAGACGCCUCGGUCGAGCGCGGCUAAGCGCCACUCGCCGGACGACGUCCUCCCCUCCCAGCUGUUCGGAGACCAGCUUCCUGACACGCCGCUGACCAGGUCCCUGAGCCAGAUGCUGUCGGCGACGGGGCAGUACCCUAUGCCGACGUCGCCGCGAGGUUUCGGGCUGGACCUGAGCCACCUACCGAUCGUCGGCGGCGACCACUUUGACUUUGACUUCCUCGAUGACAACGCGAUGCCGUCUAGUCCGCCCUCUGCCCUACACGGCCGAGGCGACACCCUGAGUUUUGGCCACUCCUUCGCAUACGACGACGAGACGAGCGUGAACCCCGGACACCUAUAAAACAUCUACACGCGGACUGUCUCCAUUAGGAGUAUACGCCUCGGGUGAGGUUAUAAGCCCCCUUCUUUUU